AUGACACUCUCUGCCCUCUCUGUCUGGCUGUUCGCAACUGGUGUCGGCUUCGUCAUAUACGUGCAUAGGCGGCUUGCAAGACACCGAAACAGACUUCCGCUGCCUCCAGGCCCGAGAGGCUUCCCGGUUCUAGGAAAUGUACUCGAUAUCCCUACGGAGGGCAUGGUGUCAGCAUUCCGUGAUAUGAAUGCGACAUAUGGUGAUAUUGUUUACUUGAACGUUCUUGGACAACCCACGGUGAUUCUCGGGAACCAUUCGGCCGCAGUUGACCUUCUGGAGAAGCGGUCUGCUAUCUACUCCGACAGAAAUGUUUCCACCAUGACCAAACUAUCGGGCUUGGAUUGGCUCUUCGGGUCUACUCCCUACGGUUCAUGGUGGAGGCAACAGCGCAAGCUGUUCCACCGGCACUUCAAUUCCAAGGCCAUCCUCCCGUACCGACCUAUCCAGGAGCAAGAAGUACACCGCUUUAUUCUUCGCGUUAUGCAAGAACCGGAGAAGUUCCUCGAACACAUCCGAUUCGCUGACACGGCCACCAUCUUGCGUGUGACCUACGGUCUCCAAGUCAGCGGCCGUGAAAAUGAAUAUGUCGUCCUCGCCGAGGCUACCGUCGCCAUUCAGAAUGCCAUAACGGUCCCCGGCAAAUAUCUAGUUGAAGUGUUGCCGUUUUUGCGCUUCCUUCCCCCGUGGCUCCCUGGCGCAAAGUUCAGACGCGAGGGCAAGACGUGGAUGCCAAUCACUCGCCGUAUGCGUGAUGCCCCCUGGGACUUCACUAUGAAAACGAUCGUACACGGUUCGGCAGUCUCCUCCGUGGCAACCAACCUCGCGCAAGAGAUGUCCACCCUGGAAGGACGCGAAGCCAAUGAAGGAGAAGAGAUAUCCCGAAAUGUUGCGGCUGCUGCGUACGCCGGAGGAGCGGACACCACACUUUCGGCGACCGAAACAUUCUUCCUCGCAAUGGCUUCCUUUCCCGAGUCACAGAAGAAAGCACAAGCUGAGCUCGACGCUAUCGUCGGGCCCCAUCGCCUUCCGUGCUUCUCUGAUAAAGCGUCCCUCCCAUACCUUACAGCUCUCCUCAAGGAGUGCUUGCGCUGGAAGGUGAUCGGCCCGUUUGGCUUCCCUCAUUGCUCAACUGAGGACGACGAAUUCCGCGGUCACUUCAUCCCUAAGGGCACUACAGUUAUCGCAAACUUGUGGGCUUAUUCGCGCGAUACAGAGUAUUACCCAGACCCGGAGGCGUUCAAGCCGGAGAGAUUUUUGAAAGACGGCAAGAUUGACCUAGACGUGCUCGAUCCAGCGAAUUUUGUUUUCGGAUAUGGCAGGAGGAGUUGUCCGGGACGCCACUUUGCCGACGACGCACUCUUCAUGACUGCAGCCACCGUUCUGCACACACUGUCGAUAAGUGCGCCGCUUGAUGCAGAGGGAAAUCCAGUCAAGCUCGAGGGGAAAAUGACGCCCGGCCUCAUCUCGUAUCCGGAGCCCUUUGAUGUGGUCAUCAAGCCACGUACGCAUUGGGCUGAAGCGCUUGUCCGGGAGAGUUGCAGCAUGGGUAACUCAUAG